AUGAACUCCUUACUUCUCAAUCUUCUCCUUCCUUUACUCUUUUCACAUUUCUCAUGUUUUCUUGUCUUUGUCCCUGCAUCUGCAAAGGUAUUUGUGAGCAUAGAUUGUGGUUCAUCUUCAUUGAAACCUCAUACCAAUGAUAAUUCAAUCGUAUGGGUCGGGGACGACCCUUACAUACAAAAUGGAGAAACUCAUAAAGUCAUGAUCGAACCACCAAAUGUUAAGGCUUGGGAUUCUCAUGUUAUGAGCACUCUUAGAGCAUUCCCAACUCGUAAAAAGAACUGCUACUCCAUAGACAUUGAAGAUAAAGACGAAGAUGCUACUAAUACUACGGUUGAACGUGUCCUUGUUCGAGCUAGUUUCUAUUACGGUAACUAUGAUGAUAAGUCGACUCCUCCAACUUUCAAUCUUCAAUUCAAUGGUAACAGUUGGUCACAAAUUGUAACACACCAGGACAACAUCAUAUAUACAGAAAUGGUAUAUUCAUUGACCAAGGGAAACAGUAUAAGCAUAUGUCUUGCCCAAACGCAACCAGAUAACAUUCCGUUUAUAUCGGCUCUAGAAGUAAGAAGUUUGCAUCCAAAUGCUUACCGUUAUGUCGAUUCAAACAAACCAUUAUUUUUCUUUGAAAGAUUUGCUUUUGGUGCCAACACAACUAUAAGGUACUCUGGUGAUUACUAUGAUCGAAUUUGGUCCCCAGUUCAUAAUAUCAGGGUUCAAAGCAACUUGCCAUAUCGACACGUCAACAUUGACGAUAACCCUCUUGAGGCUCUAAGAACAUCACUCACACAAUUGCGGGAGGUUAAAUUUGACCCGUCAGCCCCAUCGGUCGCCGCUAAAACCAACUUCACCAAUUACGAUUAUCCUCCUGAGAGCCUACGUAGGGCGCAUUUGUCUGGAAAUCUGGUUUAUACUGGAAUUUCAGAUUCUAAAAUUCCUAUCCAUUACAAUGCAUAUUUUGGAGAACUGAAUACACUUGAUUCUACGGAGAAACGAUCAUUUAAUAUAUUAGUGAACAACAAACUCGACACUACUAUUAGGCCUAACGGUCCAGUGGAUCCACCUAGUGGAUACCUACAUGUGGUCUAUAUUCGCAAUGUUACUUCUUUCGCCAUCAACUCUUCAUAUUCUAUUGCUCUUGAGCCGACAAGUGACUCAACUCUUCCUCCAAUGAUCAAUGCUCUUGAAGGAUUUACCAUCGGUGAUAAGUUAGUUCAAGGAACCAAUUCAGAUGAUGUGUAUUCGUUGAGAAUACUGCAAGAGAGUUUCGUUCAACUUCACGAUUGGAAUGGCGAUCCUUGUUUACCUUCACCAUACACCUGGGAUUGGGUUGCAUGUAAUUCUGAUGCCGAUUCUCCUCGCGUUACAGCACUGUAUCUCAAUGACCUUGGACUAGAAGGCAUUUUACCAGAUUUUGGUUCGUUGGAUGCUCUAGAAAUUAUAGAUUUGCACAACAAUAAUUUGAUGCAAGAAAUUCCUGAUUUUCUUGGCUUGCUUCCUAAGCUUAAAGUAUUGUAA